AUUGGAAACGUUUCCAUAGACGUUUUUUCUGACUCGUUAGCCUUUUUUUUCCCGUUUUAAGGGCCGAAAACAGGGGGAGAAACUAAAAUUGAAACAACUCCAAGACAUCUCAUUUUCUUCUCUUCCUUGAGGCAUGAAAACCGUGAAAAAUGCCUGCCUGUUCUGCUCCCAAUUGCACAAAUAGGCCCGAGAGACCCAAUGGGAAAACAUUUCACCUCUUCCCCAAGGAGGGUUCGUUGAGGCAACAGUGGGUCAGGGAGGUUAACCGUGAGUACUGGACGCCUUCCAAGAGGUCACUCCUCUGCUCCGACCAUUUUACCGAGUCGUGCUUUGAUAAGACGGGCCAGACCACCAGACUAAAAGACAAUGCUGUGCCGACGCUUUUCGACAUACCUGCACCCACGAGGAAGAAGGCCAGGCCAAGAGAAGAGCCUCCGGAGACUGAGACGGUGGUUCCUGCACAAAGGGGUCGACCGAGGAAAAAACAGAAACAGGAAAUGAGCAGCAAGUUAAGCCGUGAGGAACUUGAGGCUAAAUUGCAGCUGCUUGAGGAACACAACAAGAAAUUGACAAAGCUGCUUUCACGGAGUCCACGACCCUCAACAGUGACUGAGACUAAGAAGACAGAGAGCAAGAAUAAAAACAUCUUUGUCUUCAGGUAUCCAAGGAGGCAGAUCUUGUUGAAAGUGGCUUAUCUAGGGUGGGACUACCAGAGCUGUGCAUCGCAGGAAGAAAUCCAACAAAGUAUUGAAGAUAAAUUACUGCAAGCACUUCUGAAAACGAAUUUAACAGAAUCUAUUAUUAGUUCAAAGUUUGAAAGGUGCAGCAGCAACAGUGAAGGCUUCAGCCCCUUCGACCAAGUCAUCUCUAUCAUAGUCCGAAGUAAUCUCAAGUCCGGCCUGGGAGUCAUUCCUCCGGACAAAAAAGCAGGGUCGGCAGUGGAAGAGAACCCAACAUUGCCGCUGUGUGCAGAAAAGAAUGGCGAGCAGGAGAUUGAUUAUGCAAGAGUAGUGAAUGAAGCUUUACCCAUGGAGAUUCGGCUGCUGGCUUGGUGUCCAGUUCAGGCUGGAUAUUCGCCCAAAUUGACAAGCCCCAUAAAAACUUUCAAGUAUUUUUUUCCAAGAGGAAGCUUGAAUAUUGAGAAUCUGAGGUAG